GCCGCUAAGUCACGUUUCGUGCAGUCUCUCCCCCUGUUCAUGCUUCAAAGGAAACUACAUUCUCCGCCUCGCCGCCGAAUUCGCUGGACAGAAAAGCUAGGGUUACAGCUAAAACCCAUACCCCGCGGUCCAUGGCUCGCUUGACCAAAGAGCAACUCUUGAAAGACAAACAAACCCAUGAUGCCAACACCAUCACUGCUCUCUCUCUCAACCACAAAGCUCUCUCCGAUGUUUCUUGCUUGGCUGAAUUCAAAAACCUGGAAAGACUCGACCUGGCCUUUAACAAUCUCGCUUCACUGGAGGGAUUGAAGUCCUGCGUUAAUUUGAAAUGGUUAUCAGUUGUUCAAAACAAAUUGCAAACUUUGAAAGGAAUUGAACGACUCACUAAGCUCACUGUGUUGAAUGCAGGCAAAAAUAAGCUUAGAUCAAUGGAAGAGGUUAGGUCACUUGUGAAUUUACGCGCAUUAAUUUUGAAUGACAAUGAGAUUGUUUCAAUAUGUGGCCUUGAUGGAAUGAAAGACUUGAACACUCUUGUGCUUUCGAGAAAUCCUAUCAGUGAAAUUGGUGAUUCGCUUGUCAAGCUGAAAUCUGUCACAAAGCUUUCUGUGUCUAACUGCCAAAUUCAAGAUAUCAAGUCUUCAUUCAAGUCCUGCAUUGAAUUAAAAGAGCUUCGACUUGCCCACAAUGAUAUCAAAAGUCUCCCAGCAGAGUUGUCUUAUAAUAAGAAACUUCAAAAUUUGGACUUGGGAAAUAACUUAAUCACUAGAUGGUCAGAUUUGAAGGCACUGGAUUCAUUAGUUAAUCUGAAGAAUCUCAAUCUACAAGGAAACCCUAUAGCUGAAAAGGAUAAAUUAGCAAAGAAGGUUAAAAAGUUACUGCCUACCUUGCACAUAUUCAAUGCUAGACCAAUUGAUAAAAGUAUAAAAAAUGAAAUGGGUGAAAUUGUUCACAUUGCUUCACAUAACACUGCUUACAAGGGAGAAAUUCAUAAGGAGGAGAAAAAGGAUCAGAAAGGGAAAAAAAAUCCCAAAUUUCAGGUGUCUGUUCAAGGACAGGAUAUUAAUCUUCAUAAUGCUACGGGUCAUGACGCUGAGAAAGAAUUGAAGAGGAAAAGGAAGAAAGGAAAUGACAAGCUGUCAACAGAAGUUCCAGUAGAUGAGGAUGAUAUCAUUGUUGAGAAGGAAGAAAAGAAGAAAAAAUCAAAGGGGGAACAGGAAAAUGUGAGUCUUCUUGGUUUGGAGAAAGAAUUUAUACAAAAAGGGAGGAAAACAAAUGAUAAGCUCCUGAAGAAAGAAGUUUCAGUGCACAAGGGUGAGGAUGGUAUCAUGGUUGAAGAGGAACCAAAGAAGAAAAAAUUAGGGAAACGGGCCGAACUUGACAUUAUUGAUGAUGGAGGUGCCUCUUUCACAGAGCUGUUCACAACUGAUGUUGCAGAUCCAAAAGAUGAUGGUGAAAGGAAGAUAUUUGAUACAUCUGGUCAAGUUAAGAAAUCAACAGGUAGUUUAGUUACUUUCCCUGUGAAAAUGAAGAAAAGUAAACGUGGUGUGCUUCCUGAACUUCAAUUGGCCCCAGCAGUUGAAGUUGGAAUGGGCGGGGCAUCAACCUGGGAUGAUGAGUGAAGCAGACUUUCAGUGGCAGUCUUUCUCAGUUAAGCUAGAAUUCAGUUGUUAGUUGCCGUUCUUAAUUUCUCGUGCAUCCCCUGUUUUGUUUGAGGUUUUUCUGCUCAACUUAGUGAUGUCUUAGGUGAAUGUUGGUUUCAAUUGUUAUCUUGCCGUAUGUGUGCAGUAAAGAAUCGAGAUCAUUUGAUGAGUGGUUAAUCAGAUAUACUAGUGAUGAAUUGUAACUUUCAGACUUGCCACAUGGUAAGUGUUUUCAAGGAGUAAGUUUAAGGCUUCUUCUGGGAGUACCUUUACCAUUAUCUUCUCUUCAAGGUACUGAUAUGUUAGCUCUCAGUGGUGAAGACUGGCCAGGGAGAGCGAGCUCAAUAAUGAUAAGGUUGGGGGAGUGGAAUAUUGAGAAUGGUGCAAUUCUAUGUCUUCGUUUUUUGUUUACCCUCUUCUUCAAUUCUGGUGUUUAAAAAGAAAGUUGAUACAUACACUUGGUUUUGUUUCAAUGGAACAUGAACUUUCCGGCUA